AUGAUCAACCUUGCCCUCGACAACCACCCGCGCCUCAAGCUACGCCUGCACAUCAUAAUUGGCUCUCUAAUCACCCUAACCUUCAUCCUGAUCAUCGCCCGGGUCGCCGAUAAAGGCACCCCGCCGACGCGGACUAAUACCUGGGGCAUCGCAUGCAUAAAAGCCGCCCUCUUCCUAGCCUACCAAACCCUCACCACCUACCACGAGCGCUUUAAACGAUGGGCCAGCCCCCGCGCCAACAUGAUCCUGGACAUCAUCGACACGAUUUUCUGGGUUGCCUUGUUCAUUAUCAGCAUCAUGGGCGCGAGUGGGGGGCAUAGUACGAGCAGUAAGGCGCUGGGGGGGAUUGUGGCCGUGCUGGCGCUGGGAUUGUGGUGA